AUGGAAGAUCCAACCGCCAAGGGAUGGCGACUUCUGAAAGCCAACGUAUCCCUGAACACGAAUUCAUCCAGCGAUGCAGACAUUACAAAGUGGGAGGUCCACCCGACAGAAACAAUCGUCGCUGCACAGCUCCUCGAAUUGAUCGAGAGAGAAAGCGCCCGACGAUUCGUCGUUCAUUGUGGCCAGAAGAGCGGUCUCGUGCUGUGGGUCUUCAACCCAGACAUGCGAUACUCGAAUUCCAGCGCAGGCGAUAGUAUCAUGGCCCAGCAAGCGAUGAAGGUGUUCUACCAAGAGGCUCCUGAUGUGGACGAGCUGCUCCAUCCGGAAAUCGGGAAUCCUUCGCCGUUGUCGGUGGAAGAGUUGGAGUUGCCGUCUAUGAUCUUUGAAGCCAUGUCGCAGGCGUUGACUAAGAGUAACGAGAUGCUCCCGCUCUCUGCUAGGCGUUUUAACGAGUGGCAUGUUGGGCUUUUGAGUCGGUUCAGGCGCGAGAAGGCUUGA